CAUACUUGGCAUUUAUUGUCUUUAUUGUCUUCAACCUGAUCAUAUGAGUGAUGCAUUUUGCUCUAAUUUACCAUGUUUUGUGUUUGUUGUCUUCAUAGAUGCCUCAACACAUAAUAUACUGAAGAAGAUCACAGCCAUCGUUGGUGAAACUGUCAUUCUGCCCUGCAAUAUCACUCUCAGCGAUGACCUGCCCACAAUCGAGUGGUCCAAAGACGAUCUUUCUCCGAACAUCAUCUUCCUGUAUCGGGACGGCUGUGAGACCUUUGAGAUGAAGCAUCCGGACUUCCGGUUCAGGACAAACCUGCUCAUGACUGAACUGAAGCAUGGAAACCUCUCACUGAGGAUUUCCAACCUGCAGCCGUCUGAUGAGGGGAGGUAUCAGUGCAUGGUUCUGCAGAAGAAGCAACGUAUGGUCGUCUCAAUGCUGGAACUGGUUGUCGGUUCCAUCCCUGAGCCAAAGCUCUCGGUUGUUCAAGGUGAGGACGCUGUCCUGACUGUGCAGUGUGAGCUGAAACACUGCUGGUCAUCGCCACCUGAGAUAAUGUUUCUGGAUGAUCAGGGGAAGGAGAUGAGUGCUGAAAAUUCCAAAACAGUUCCACACUCUGGGGAAUGUUUCAACAUCACAAGGAGAGUGACCGCAGCCAACAGCAUCACAUGCAGAGUUCUCCAUUCUGAGAUGAAUAAGAUCAGAGACACAAAGAUUUACAUACCAGGUACUCUGGAACUUUAA